AUGGACAGACAGAAACAAAUUGAGAAAAUUGAAAAUGAGCUAGUAAGUAAAAAACCGUGGUAUGAGAAGGGAGAAGUGUCUGUGAAGGAGCGACCAAAGAAUUCGCUGCUAUUUGAUGAAGACUGUGACUCUGAUGAGUUUGUAAGAAAUAUUGAAUUUAUUCGGAAUAAAACCACAUUAAAAAUAGAGAAUACGGUUGACGUGUUGAUAGAGCGAAUUGUAAAGGAUCGAAUAAAGCGAAAAGAGUACGACAAUCCCAGAAAAACUGUGCAAAAAAAGAAAGAGACUGUAAUUGAAGUGGCUGAUAAAGAGGAAAAAACUGUUGUUCAUGACAUCUUAGACGGAAGACGCAGUGAGAAUGAUAAGUUUAUGGAACCCAGCGAAAUGAUUCGGCUGUUCAAUGAAAUAGACAGCGCAUUAGUAGAAAUAUCAGACAAAUCGUAUACGGGAAGCAGGCCUAUGCAGACCACAAGCAAAUAG